AUGAGAACUUCAAGAUACCACCAAAUCCUCAACCAGUGGAUUGGAAAGACCAAAGGUUUAUUGGUUGACGAAAAUAGGGAUGCUAAUAGAGUCCAGUUGGCCGGAGAAAGUAAAGGGGUUGUUGGCAAAGACAUUGAGUUAGAAUGGGGAACUAAGUGGAGAGUAAAGGACAAUGAAAGUGAUAACAGAAAGAACGAGAAAAAAUUGAUUGGUGUGGUUUCAAGUAUCCCCUCAUUGACUGAAAUAAUUCGGCCAUUUGGGGAUCUUCCAAAUGAAGUUUAUAUGGAUUUAAUGAGCAAAUAUAAAUGCUAUUUACACGAACUCAAAAUUAGGCUGAUUGAAAUUUUUCGUAUUAAUUCUGACAAAUUCAAAAUUCAGUACAAGUUAGAUAUAGUGGAUGAGAGAUUAGCUCUAGUUGAAGAGCUUGGACAAGAAGUAUAUAAGCUAUCAGCUGCUGAUCUUGCUAGAAUACAUACUCAAAAAGAUAAGGAGGAAUGUCUGAUGGUUGACAGACUUAUUCCGGUUGUUGAAAAAGCCAAAUCACUUAUUAUUACAGAGGAAGAGAAAUUCCUUUUUGAACUUAGCUCAAAGCUUAGAACAAAUCUUGAUCAACUUACUAAAGAAUUUUCUGAGCUACAGAACCAAAUCUCACAAGUUGACAAACAACUAAAGGAAGCAGAUGAGACUUCUAGUAGCUUUAUUGCUGAUGCUAUUGAGACAUUUAGAAAAUGGUCAGAAAAUGCCAAGGAAGUUAUAAAGGCAGUAGAACGAGCCAAUUAA